AUGAGUUCACCAUUAUCAAAGAAUAUUAAAAGUUAUCAUUAUCCAUGGUCUCAAAAACAAUUAAACAAAUUUAAUCCUUUUCCACUUCAUGGUCUCUCUGUGAGUGAUCGUACAAUAAAUAAUGAAUUAUUUCUUUUCGGUGGAUUCAAAAAUGAAAAAGCUACAAAUGAAUUAUUUGCUAUUGAUGUUAAUGAUUUUACAGUUGUUCCAGUGACAACUGCUUCCGGUGAUAUUCCUCGCCCACGAAUAUUUGGCGGUGGAUCAGAAAGACCUGGGGAUAAACUAGAUGAUAAUAUUUACAUAUUUGAUACUGAAACAAAAUACUGGUCAAAACGAAUUUUAAAGGGACAUCCACCUAACGGUCUUAUUGGACAUUCUAUUUCUUUAAUUGGAUCCGUUGUUUAUAUAUUUGGUGGACAAAAUGGUAUAAAAUAUUUCAAUGAUAUAGUAACAUUUGAUGUUAAAGUUCUAAAGUUACAACGAAAAAGAAGUAGAUUGAGUAAAUUUUCUUUAAAUCGAGCCAGCUCCUCGGGCUCUCAUUGGACUUACAUUGUGCCAAAUAAAAGUGAUCACUCUGUUCCGUCAUGUAGGAGUGGUCAUACUGCUUGUGAAUAUAAAGAAAAUAUUUAUAU